AUUUCUUGUAUUUUACUUUUUGUUUCUUUAUCAUCGAUAAAACUAAAACCGCACUAAGUUAGAUUCACAAGUUUGAAAUAUUAUUAAAAAACACUUUUUUUUUGUUCAGUUGUUUCUCACUGCUGCGGUCUUUGGUGUACCUAGAAUGUCGUGUCGUAGAGUGUUGGGUUUUGUUCCUUGCCUUGUACACCGUGUUCCGCAUCUUCAUCAUACAUGAUACUCGCGCAUCUCUAUCACCAUUCAUAUCUCAUCACAUCACUGUCACUCUCUUUCUUUUCCAUUCUUCUAACUCGUAAUUUUCCAUUUCCCUCUUCAGAAAUAAAAUAUGGGAGUGGGAACUAGCACCUUUGUUACUCGAUGGAUCAACUUUCUCACCAUGGUUUUGGCAAUGGUUGUGAUAGUAUUUGGGGUGUGGAUGAGUACUCGUCAUGAUGCUUGCAGAAAAUCUCUCACUAUACCUGUACUAAGCAUUGGAGCAGUUAUUUUCUUAAUAUCCAUUGUUGGUUUUUUUGGUGCUAUGAAAAGAAGCUCCAUAUUGUUAUGGCUUUAUCUGAUCAUGCUGUUCUUCAUCUUGGUGGGAAUCUUAGUCUUCACAGUGUUGGUAUUCAUUGUGACUAAUAAUGGAUCAGGUCAUAGUGUGACUGGUUUGCGGUACAAGGAAUAUCACCUUCAAGAUUAUAGCUCUUGGUUUCUCAAAGAGUUAAACAGUUCUCAUAAUUGGAAGCGAUUGAGGGUUUGUUUGGUCAAAACUGAAAACUGCAACAACCUAUCCAAAAAAUAUAAGACUCUGAAACAAUAUAAAUUAGCUAAAUUGAGUCCAAUUGAAUCUGGUUGCUGUCGACCGCCUUCUGAGUGUGGAUAUCCUGCUGUAAAUGCAUCUUACUAUGACUUGAGCUUUCAUCCGGUUAGUCCUAACCAUGACUGCAAGCGGUACAAAAAUUCUCGAGCUGUCAAAUGCUAUGAUUGUGAUUCUUGCAAGGCCGGUGUGGCGCAAUACAUGAAAACUGAGUGGAGAGUUGUUGCGAUAUUCAAUGUCGUAUUAUUUGCUGUUUUGUCUAUCAUAUACUUUGUUGGAUGCUGUGCGAGACGAAGUGCUGCAAGGAGCCAAGCUAAGCAUUGAAGAAGAAUCUAUAUAUGCAUGCAUCCAUGAACUGCUUUUGAAAUUUGUUGGAAGAGGAAAAAACAAAGAUCAGUGUCUGCAGCUAGAGAUGAACUUGGGAAAUUCAUAUUAGUUUUAGGAUCCCUCGGUGUGAUUACUUGUAUAUUCUUCGUGAGCACCAGAUGUUACUUGAAUGGUUACUAUUGAUUGAUUUCAUGAGUAGAGAAAUUUCAGAAGUACCAAACUUUAUGAUGACAAGCAUUUUUGCAGUUGAUGCCAAUCUAUACAGACAAGAGAUUAACUUC